CCCCUCUCCAUUUCACCGACGUGUCCUGUCCGCUGCCACAACCAAAGAUCUUAUAGCGCUGUAAGAUCUUUGGCCACAACUCUCCUGUCUGUAGAUUGGGGAUGCGGGUGCUCCAGCGCUACACACUGCUGUUGACGGCGGCGCUACUGCUGCUGUGUGGCGGCUGCGGGGGCGAGCUCGGCUCGGCUCUGGGGCAGCGGGAUCCGCUGCUGCGACUGCCCCACGACCUGCUGUGGGCGACCGGAGUGAGCGACUACCUCCUCGGCCGCUGGGGCCCUGCCGCCCGGGAGCUGGAGCGCUCGCUGCUCGGCCGCUCGGCGUUGCGCCAGCUGCGGGGGGAAUGCUCGGAGCACUGCGACCCGGGCUCAACCCCGGCCCGGGAGCCGCCGUCACUGGGCCACCCCCUCCCCACGACCCCCGGCCCUCUCCUGUCUUCGGACCCCUUGUCCCAACUCGCCUUCUUCGGGCGCGUCCUGCACCGCGCCGACUGCCUCCGCCGGUGCCUAGAGGCCGGGCUGGGUGGGGAACCGUCCCGGCAUCGGGUGACGGGCGAGGUGGACGCUGCCUUUCGCAGCCGGGCCCCCUACAACUACCUCCAGCUGUGUUACUACCAGAUAGGACAACUGGACAAAGCUGUGGCCGCAGCUCAGACAUUCCUGGCUGCCAACCCAGACCAUGAGGAGAUGCAGGAAAACGUGGAAAAGUACCGGCGGAUGGAGGGAGUCAAGGCCGAGGACUUCAGGGACCUGGAGGAACAGCCGCACUGGGUGUCCUAUGACCUGGGCAGUCGGCUGCUGCAGGGGGAGCAGUUUGUGGAGAGUGCCCAGCAGCUGGAGCAGUCGGUUGGGCAGUUCCUGGCGGCCCUGGACCAGUGUCGGGCUCAGUGCGGAGGGCCCCAUCAGUUCUCCGACUACAGCUACCUGGAAUACCAGAGCCACCUGUUCGAGGCUGUCGCUGCGGGCAACUAUGAGCUGGCGGUGGAAUAUUCCAGAACCUUCCUCCUCUUCUGGCCUCAAGAUCAUGCCAUGCUGCAGAACCUGGACUUCUUCAGAUCCCGACUGGGAGAGGAGGGCACGGCUCGUGUGGGGGUCAGAGAGGAUAUCCGACUCUACCUGGAGCGCUCUCUGCUGGAGAAACAGCUGCUGUACCUGGCGGAGGAGGGGCAGAUGGAUCAAGGCUUCGAGGACCCGGAUUCUUGGACCCCUGCAGAGAUCAUCCCCGAGUCGGUGAGGAAGAAGCAGAGGACAGAAGAGGAGAAGCCCCAAAUAUCUGCUCCGAGGAAUCAGAAGUCUGCUCCGAACAAUCAGAAGUCCCAACCAGCUGCUGAACCGAGGAGAGGAUUGGACGUCCUCAAAGCCUCGUGGCCAGGCCUGGGGGGCCUCUUGGUCGCGGAGGAGACUGGCUUGAAGGGGCCGGAGGAGAUGGUGCUGGACGGGGCACUGAGCCACAGCGAGUGUGAGCGGAUGCGGGACCUGGCCAACACUGCAGAGGAACUUUCCCAGUGGAGCGGAGAUGGGCGCUCGGCACCACCCCUGCCGGUGGGACUGGAUCUCCUUCGGGUGUUGAAGCUGUCCAGGGCCGGGAAGGUGAGGCGUGACGUGGCCCAGCUUUACCUGCAGGUGACAGAACGCUGCCGCUCCGUCAUAGAGCACCUGUUCCAGCUGCCGGGCCCCCUGCACUUGUCCUUCUCCCACCUGUCCUGCCGCUCCGUGCCUGCAGGUAACGAGGCCACACCCACAUCCCGGAGUUGUCUGGAGGAGCCGGAGGGCAGUGAAUGCAGCCGACAAGGAUCUGCGGGGGGAGCCCGUAAUUUCAGUGUACACCUCUACCACGAUGAGUUUGAAGGAGGCAAUUUGCUUUUCAUGGAUCUCAACACUCAAAAUGUUACAGUGGAGGUCACUCCCAGGUGCGGACGCCUGCUGACCUUCAGGUGGGGUGACGGGACGUCCCAUGGUGUUGGGGGUGUCACAAGGGGUCAACGUUGUGCUCUCGUCCUGUGGUACACCCUCGACCCCAGGCACAACGAGAAGGGCCGCUCUCAGAUCGACGCCCUGACCCAGGAACUGUUUCCGGAUCCCAUGCCGGGCGACCGUAGCCACGAGCCGGACAAAGGGCUCCCGCGCCCUGCGGAGGAGGAGUUGUCGGCCGGUGGCAGACGGCAGACACAGCGGGAGCGGAGGAGGGCGGAGCCGGUUGUGGCGGGGCGGCCUGGGAAGGAUGAGCUCUGAUCGGGCGGCGGGGGAAGAGCGGGGAGGAAUGGCCACCGUGCUAUCCCCUGGGCUGACGGAGCCUCUCUGCCAGCAGGUUGGUGGGGGAGGUUAAUGCAGUAGAGAUUGCCUGGAGGUGAGGGGCCAUGUUCCCGAGGGAGAUAGGGAGAUAGAAGAAUGGAGGGGAGGGUGGGGGGGUUCGGAGGAAGAGUGAGCAAGAGGGAAAGGGAGGGAGGCAAGUAAAGAGGUGGGUGGGAGAGAGUUGUCGAGCUGUACAGCAUGGGAAUUGUCUCUCGCCCAUUAUGGUCUUGCUGCCCCAGUUGCAACGCUGCGCUAGUCCCACGUCCCAUAAACCUCUAACCCCCCCCCCCCCCCCCCCCCCCUUCCUCUCCAUGGCUCAGAGUAUUUUAAAUGCUGUUGGUGUAUCUGCUUCUAUUGCUUCCUCUGGCAGCUCUUUCCAGAUACAACUACCCUCUGAGGUUAAACGUUACCACCGAGGUGCCUCAUAAAUGUGCCCCUCCCCCUCAACAAACCCACACCCUCUAGUUUUAGAAUUCUCUCAACUGGAAUACAGACUGGGCCUGUCCCACUUGGGCGUCAUUUGCGCGUCAUUUAUGCAACAUUUACGCAUCACGACGCGUGCAUGGCGUGCAUUACACGUGCAUGGUGCGUGGUGAUGUAGGCAGUAACGCACGGCCACGCGCGGCGCCCCAGGAUUUAUGAUUGACAAAAUCUUCGAGCGUCACCUGCGUGACGUGCAAAUGAAGCCCGUGGGACAGGCCCUUGAGGGUUCACUUAAUCAGGAAGUUUAUCACUCGGCCUCCUGUGCUCUGAAGUAAAUGGCCGCAGUCUCAAGCCCGCUAGCCCGCAAGCCCUGGUAAUGACCUGGUGAAUCCAUUUUGCACCCUUUCCGAUAAAUGCCACACUUCCUGUAACUGGGUGAGCAGAUGGCAUCCAAUUCUCCAAGUGUAGUCUGGCCACUGAUGUGUACAGCUGCAUCAUGAGGUCCCAACACUUGCCCUCAAUGACCUUCCUAAUUAAGGCAAGCAAUUGUUUACAUUGUGCAGAAACAUGGGACUGCGGAUGCUGGUUUACAAAAGACACAGAGUGCUGGGGUUACUCAGUGAAGCUGCUCCAGCACUUGGUGUUGUUUCAUAAAUCACCACCUCAUCCAGCUGGCGAGCCACUUUCAGCAAACCAUGCACAUGUACUCCCAGAUCUCACUGUCCCACAACACGCAGAGAGCGAGGGAGCAGGGGCAAUUGGACAAGCAAGGAAGUCAGGGGCAGGAGAGAGGGAGGGGGACCGGGGAGAGGGAGAUAGUCACGUGGCAGGGAAAUUGAGCCCGCCAGGGGACUGUCACAUGUGGAAAUGCGGUUGUGUUGCUUGGUCAGAGGGGAUGGGGGUGAAGGCUUUGAAGGAACACACUCCUGCCCACCGCCAUGAUCGGCCACUCUGGCUGAAAGAUGGGAGUCUGGAGGGAGAGGGGUGGUGAGGAUGGAUAGGGGUGGGGGGGUGCAGGAUGAGGCACCCAGACUGUAACUUGGUGUUAACCCAGGCCUCGGGCAGGGUGAGGUGUCGGAAAUGUUCAGUGCGGGCAAAAAGAGCUACUCCAGAGUUCUAUUAAACAUGCGUUUUGUUGAAA